AUGUCCUUAAAGAGAAAGAGAAGAGACUCUGGUGCCUUGAGGAAGGCUGUCAGAAUUAAUCCUGAGAGCAGUUUGUUUCAUAAUAAUAUUGUAGAUGAGUGGAAUGGUGAAAUUGUGAGAGUGACUGAAUCUAUUCAGGAGACAACAAAUAAUAGAGCUCAUUAUAUUUUCAAUGGUAUAGGAAGAAGGCUCGAAACUGAACCAUAUGAAUUUUGGAAAAAUGAAGACAAGUAUUUAGACUCUAUUUUAAUAAAUUCUAAUGUUGAUGAUAGUAUUAAAACAUUAAUAAAUAAUUUAUCUGGCCUAAAAAGUGAGUUAGAAGACUCAAGAAAUAAUGAUACUAAAUCUCUUGAUCAACUCAAGAAAUAUUUAAAAAAAGUAGUUUCAAGGGUUUUGAAUGGAAGAAUAGUUAAGGAUAACAAUUAUAUAUUUCAUGAUUGGACAAUUUUUAUCCCUGUAGUUCUCUGUUCAAGCUUAAGUAAUAAGGAAAUAUCUCCUAUAUUAGAAAGAUUCCCAAAUAUUAUAAGGUAUUUAAUAAAAUCUAUACGCUCAUUUGAAAUAAAUGCAGGAAUAAUAAAUAAAGAUGAUAUAGAAACCAUUGCAAGUUAUAGGCAAGCAAUUUCACUUUAUUUGAUGACACAAAAACAGUUGAGAAAGUUGUCAAAUAGUCCUUAUAGAAAUAUUUCUGACAAUAUAAAAUCUACAUUAGAUUUAGCAGUUCUUCGAAGAAUUAAAGAAUUUAAUAUUUAUAAUGAGAGUUCAAAUUUUUUUUAUGCAUUGCCAACAAUUCCAGAAGGUAUAGAGUCAAUUAAAAAAGCUAAGGAAAUUAUAAUUGAUGAUUCUACUUUAAGAAGUUCAAAGUAUGUUUAUAUUAUAUACGGUAGACAAAUUUCAUUCAGUGAAGUUUUUGGUAUAAGUUAUAUAAAUAAUAAGUUACUAGAAAAUUUUAAAGAAUGGUUUUUAUACUUUAAGGAAAAUUUUAGAUCUUUGAAAUUAUCCAAUAAGGAAUUAUUAGAUAAUAGAAGUACUGUUAAAUAUUUGAAUUCUUCGAAAUUUGAAAAAUUUAUUGGUUAUCUUGGAUAUGGAUAUUCUUCUUUUGAUCAUUUGAAAUCAUUAAACCCGAAUCCUGAGAUUAUGUACAUAGAUUUGAUAAAUAGUUUGAGAAUCUUUUUAGCAAAAAAAAAUUUGGAGAAUUUGAAGAAUAUUGAGAAUAAAGAAGCAGAAUCAAGUUCUAAUUUUAAAUUCGAUUUAUGUCUACCUGAAUUUCCUCAAUACAAUAAUAGAGAAAUCUCUGAAAAUCCUAUUAGUAUUUUUCCUACUCUUCCAGCAAAAAAGUGUACUAAAAGAGAUAAUGUGGAUAAAUCCAAGGAACUUAUAAAUCAGGUUAAUAUAAGGGAUUAUAAAAGUUCAGUUCCUCUAGGUUUUUUUUCAAAAAUGGUAGAUAAAUUUAAUCGGGAAUUUGAAAUUAUUAUUUUAGAUAGAAGUGAAUGUUCUAUAUAUAGUAAAGGUAAAUUAUCAGAUUUUUGUGAAUAUGGAAUUUCUUGGGAAAUACCUAAAAUUAAUAAUCAAUAUAUUAGAUCUCCGACUAAUUUCCGUAUAUUCCCAAUAAGAUCAUGUAUUACUACCGUAGGAUUUACUAGGAAAUAUAAGGCAUUUCUUUAUUAUUUAAGAUGGUUCAUAGAAAAUAUUAUUGAUUUUGGUUGGAAACGUCGUCUAGCAAUUAAAAAUAGGAAAUAUGAGAAAUUAAUCAGAUCUAAAAAAGGUUAUUAUUUAACAAGUUCACAACGUGAUGCUAUUUCUAGGAUUACUAAAAUAAUAGCAAAUAGUGGAUUAUGGGAAUCAUUUAAUAAUAUCACUCCAAAUAUUUUAACUCCAAGUGAUAUGAAUGUAGUAGAUAAACAAAAUUAUUGUAAUGACGAUUUUCAAUGGGAAGAUAUUGAUGUUUCUCCUAAGGACUAUUAUGAAAUCAUAAAUUCUCACUUAAACAGUAGCCAAGACUUUAAAAAAAAAUUAUCUUCUAAAUGUCAAAAAUUAUUAGCUAAAUAUAUAUUAUAUACCUAUCCAAAAUUUCUUAUUGAUUAUUAUAGAGCUCGGAGGCUAUGGCGUCAAAAUAAUGUUACUGAAAAUUCUACUAGGAAUAAAUUAAAUGUUGCUCGUUCCUCCAAAUUACAACUUGAUAUUAUUGGGCAUAUGGGUGAAAAACAUUUGGAAGCCCAGCUUUCAGAUUUUAAUACUGCAAAUUCAAGCAAAUCUAAAGAUAAACAGAUUAUUACAGUUAAAACAGCUCAAUCCAAACAUUUAGAAAUGCUUGAAAAAAAGCAUAAAUUAUCUGAAUUUGUUGAAAUAUCUUUAUUACCUAAUUUUGAAGAACAGUUUGAUAAUAUAUUUAUGUUUAAAUUAAUAGAUUUCUUACCAAAUAAAAUAUUAAGUUCAUUUAAUUUGACAUGUCCAAGUUCAGAAAAUUCUAUUUAUUUAUGUGCAUUUGCUAAGGAACUUGCAACAUUCCUAAUUAAUAAUAAAAAGCUUGAGUUAACAUUUAAAGAUCUACUUUGGAAUAUUAUAUCUUAUAUAAAUUGGAUGAUAUUUCUUUUACCACAGAAUAAAAAGUCAUUUGGAGGUCCAAGAGGUGUUCAAAAGUGUCUAAAUCAAAUUAUUGAAAAUUUGAUGUCUAAAGAUAAAAAAUAUCAAUGUCAUUCUCAAGAUAUCUCUAUUCAAUUUUGUCAGUGGGCUAUUGAUACAGUGAUGAUAAGUCAGCACUUAGAAAGUAAUCAAUAUAAGUAUAUAAUUCCUCCAUCGGGUGAAGGAAGACUUAUGAUAACAAUUAUAUGGUUAGCAAACUAUGUAAAGUCUUAUUCUAUUAAUCCAGGUAUAAACACAAAGUGUGAAGAAGGGAUUCCAAUGUAUUAUCCUGAACCAAUUCCUAUUGAAUUUUCUAGUAUGCUUAAAAGUGAUCUUCAGGGUAAGUAUGAUGCUAAAUUUAGAGUUUGGUCAUAUCAAGUUGGAUUUCGUCCAGUAGAUAAAUCUAAGAAGCAAUCUUUGGAAUCUAACAACUUUGGAAACCCUUUUAAUUCCACAAAUUUAAUUCUCUGUGAAAAUCCAAUAAAGAAGGCACCUGAAAUAGCAUUACCAGAAACAAUGCAGGAUUUAGAAAAAAUUAUUAAGAGACGUUAA